AGCCCCAUCAAGGCCUCCUACCUCCCUCCCUCCCUCAUUUCAUUUCCAUUCGGCGAUCUCUCCUCGAGGUAAAGAAGACAAGAGCCGGCGGAGAUCCCCCCUUUCUCCCUCCUCCUCUCCUCGUCGCCAUGCUCUCGCUAAAUCGAAGCGGCUUCUUGCGAUGCGACGAGAAGCCAGGCCUGCUUGUGUCGCAGAGGCGGCGGAUGCCGCUGGCGCCGGCGGGGGUGCGGUGCGCGGCGAGGGGCGGAGGGGAGCUGAAUGGGAGGGGGAUAACGGUGGACAACACGGUCAAGGAGCUCAGGGGCGAGGCCGAGCCGGUGCUCGAGCCCAAGUCCGCCGGAGGCGUCGUGGAGGACGCGCACGGUGAGGACGGGGACGUGGAGGAGCAGUUCAUCAUGCCGUGGACCGUCUCCGUCGCCAGUGGUUACUCGUUGUUGCGGAAUCCACAACACAACAAAGGGCUCGCUUUCAAUGAGAAAGAGAGGGAUGCCCACUACUUGCGAGGCCUCCUGCCUCCAGCAUGUGUUACGCAAGAGCUUCAGGAGAAAAAGAUUAUGCACAAUCUUCGCCAAUACCAGGUGCCCCUGCAACGUUAUGUGUCCAUGAUGGAUCUUCAGGAGAGAAACGAGAAGCUCUUUUACAAGCUGCUAAUUGACCAUGUUGAGGAGUUACUUCCAAUUGUUUAUACUCCUACUGUUGGUGAGGCUUGCCAGAAGUAUGGCUCCAUCUUUGGGCAUCCUCAGGGUCUCUACAUCAGUUUGAACGAGAGGGGGAAGAUUCUCGAAGUCUUGAGAAACUGGCCCGAAAGGAACAUCCAAGUUAUUGUGGUCACAGAUGGUGAGCGGAUUUUGGGUCUCGGAGACCUUGGCUGCCAGGGAAUGGGAAUUCCUGUGGGCAAGCUUGCUCUAUAUACUGCUCUUGGGGGUCUGCGUCCAUCUGCUUGCUUACCUGUCACUAUUGAUGUGGGGACCAACAAUGAGCAGCUACUUAAGGAUGAGUUCUAUAUUGGACUGCGCCGAAGAAGAGCUACUGGUCAGGAAUAUGCUGAGUUGAUGCAUGAGUUCAUGACUGCUGUGAAGCAGAGGUAUGGGGAGAAAGUGCUCAUUCAGUUUGAAGACUUUGCUAACCAUAAUGCAUUUGAACUGCUUGCCAAAUAUCGUAAAACGCAUCUCGUGUUCAAUGAUGACAUCCAGGGCACAGCUUCUGUGGUUCUUGCUGGGCUUUUUGCAGCUUUGAAUAUAGUUGGUGGAACUCUGGCGGAGCACUGUUUCUUAUUCCUUGGUGCUGGGGAGGCUGGUACCGGUAUCGCAGAACUCAUAGCACGUGAGAUGUCAAAACAGACAAAAGCUCCAUUGGAAGAGACUCGGAAGAAAAUUUGGAUGGUGGAUUCAAAGGGCUUAAUUGUGAGCUCACGCAAGGAAUCUCUUCAGCACUUUAAGAAACCUUGGGCGCAUGACCAUGAACCUGUCGGUAAUCUCUUGGAUGCUGUCAAGGCUAUAAAGCCAACCGUAUUAAUUGGCUCCUCUGGAGUGGGAAGAACUUUCACAAAGGAGGUGGUUGAAGCCAUGGCCACAUUUAAUGAGAAGCCCAUAAUUUUGGCUCUCUCCAACCCGACCACACAGUCCGAGUGUAGUGCAGAAGAAGCAUACACAUGGAGUAAGGGUCGAGCAAUAUUUGCUAGUGGGAGCCCGUUCGAUCCAGUUGAAUAUGAUGAAAAGAUUUUUGUGCCUGGCCAGGCAAACAAUGCCUAUAUUUUCCCAGGAUUUGGCCUCGGGUUGGUUAUCUCUGGAGCUACCCGUGUGCAUGAUGACAUGCUCCUUGCAGCCUCGGAAGCAUUGGCCCAACAGGUGACACAAGAGAACUUGGAUAAAGGAUUGAUCUAUCCACCCUUCUCAAAUAUUAGGAAGAUAUCUGCUCAUAUUGCCGCUAACGUCGCUGCUAAAGCAUAUGAACUUGGUCUGGCAAGUCGGCUCCCAUGUCCCAAGGACCUGGUGAAGUACGCAGAGAGCUGCAUGUACAACCCUGUUUACCGCAGUUACAGAUGAAUGGGUCUCCAGUUUUGAAUGAAUACUAGUAGUAGUAAUUGUAGAUCUCAGUAGCGAUAGAUGUUGUGGAUGUCUUUGUUGCUGUUGCCUCACUAUAUUGUUGUAUGACCUUUUGCCAAUAUGAGCUGGAACUAAAAUUGUUCUCUC